UGGACUCAGAACACUGUAAAACAAUGCCAAGAGCAAAGGAAAGAAAACAAAAGCCCAAAGGGGAUCCCCCAUUGGUGGUUCCCGUUCUUCAGAAGUUCCUGAAGACAUACCAGAAGCACUGCUUACUGUCUCGGACGUCCCUGUGUCCUGCCAUCCAAAGGGACCUAAAGAACAGCAUCGACAGAGACCAGAUCCUCAGGAAGUUUAUGCUUGUAAGAGCUGGCGACUCCACAACAAACCACCUGCCCGUUUCCUUAGAGCCUUUGCUCAUGACCAUUCGAGAUGAGAGCUACACUCAGGGGAAGGAGAUCUGCAUCUGGGGCCUUCAGCUGACCAACCCUGAGAUCGCCAGGCUCGCUUUAUUUCUGGAGUCAAAGGGGCACACCAUUUGCCCACUUACCACCUUGGAUAUCAUUAACUGCAAAAUGGAUCUGUGGUCUCUGGGGAGACUCGGGAAAGCUUUGCAGUUCAGCAGUUUACAUUUCCUCGUCCUUGAUUACUGCAAGUUUGGAAAUGAAGAACUUGAGAGCAUCCUCUCAGGCCUAGAGAACAACCAAAGGCUCCAAGGCCUCAGUCUGCGCUACUGUGGCCUGGGGCCUCAGAGUGGGCCGAAGCUGGGCUCUGUCAUCAGCCAGAGUGCCAUUUGUGAGCUGCACGUGGAUGGAAAUCAUUUGCAGUGUUCUGGGACUUUGGCCCUCCUCAGACCCAUAGCAGAAUAUGCAGAGAUUCAGGGGAAGGACCAGCCCACCUCAACAUCACCACACGCUGGGAAUCCCCCUCUGCUUCCCCAAGUGUGCCUUGGAGGAAGCUCAACUUUGAGCCAGAUUUCGAAAUCUUCCAAAGCUGUAACAGUGAAAAGGACCUCACAGAGGAAAAGGGGGGAAAGAGGAAUGGGGAAAAAAGUUAAACGCUUGAUGGAAGCCGGCCCUUGGGUAGUGACGCUGCAUUUGGCAGAUAACAGCAUAGACAGGAUGGGAAAAGAGGGAGAGCAAUUGCCGGAACUCACUCGAACUUUAACAUGCCUGAUCAAAUACUCUACUCACUUAAAGGAAAUUGAUCUUGGAAACAAUGUCCUGGGAGAAAUGACUGCGGUUGACAUCCUGGAAGCACUGAGAGCCAGGAAGACAGGUAAACUACCACCCUUAAAAAUUACCGUCAGUCCCAGGAUCUCUUCAGACACCUUCAUAUCUAUUUGGAAAAUUAGCAAGAAAUCUAAUAGGACCAGUAAAAAAAAGAAAAAGGUAAAUUCUUUACUGUCUGUGUGGUUGAGUAGCAGCCACAAGGGGGCACUGGAUGAGGCUUGCGCCUCAGUGGAGAUGGGUCUUGCACCUGUGCUGUCUUUUGGGCGGUAA